CUCGUUUGCCAACAAUGUAAAGAGCCUCUUCAGCUUGAUGCCUCUCUCGUCGAUCUCGCGCCUUCGGCGUACGAUAUGAUUGUCGCUACAUUACCCUCAUCACCCACACGCCCCGUUUCAGAUAAACAACUAAGCGACUCGCCAUCUUCGCCUGUGAAAGCUUCGAGGCAGCCUUCGAAGGCGUUUACUACGAGCAAGUCGGGGUCACCGCUAUCUCCACGAGCUCAAGGGAAGCAGGCCCAGCGAACAGGCCCCCUUCCUACUGAAUCCUUUGUACUUCUUCAAGACAGCGUAAUCCGCAACAUUCCAGCCCCACUUUCUUCUCCUCCUCGUUCAAAGAAAGGAUUAGGCAAAUCACGAAAUAGCCCCAAU